GUGGUUAUACGAUUUAUUCGUACAGCAUAGAGCUGCUUCCAGCUGGGCAUAUGCGACUAGAGCAUAUCUAUUGAUGUUGGUGGGUUCCACCAUAUUUGCUGAUAAGACCUUUACACUUGUAGAGGCACGAUACCUCCUCCUGUUUACGGACUUGGAUGGAUGUUCAGGAUAUAGUUGGGGAGCAGCUGCACUAGUUACCCUCUACAGAUAUCUUGGAGAUGCGUCCAUGUACAGUUGCAAACAGCUCGGUGGAUAUCCUACUCUCCUACAGUGUUGGAUUCACGAGUACUUUCCAACUGUUGGAAAAAGAGGGGAGAAUUGGAAACCUGCUGAUAACUGUGGUCUUCCCCGAGCGAUGAGAUGGUCGUAUAGGCAGGGAGUCAUGAAGGUCGAUGAUUUACGACCUAUUUUGGACGAGCUGACACCUGCCGACGUCAUAUGGCGACCAUUUGAGGAUCAUAGAGCAUGGCGUGUAUUUGAUGAGACGUGUCUUUACAGGGGUUGUUUGAAGUGGGGUGAAACAGUUGUUCCAUACUUGCCUGAUAGAUGUUUACGUCAGUUCGGGUAUAGGCAGUAUGUUCCAUCCCCACCUCUGGAUUGUAUGAUGGCGACGGAUAUUGAUGUUGAUUGGAUCAGUUACCAUCAGAGUGUUAUCGCUGUGAUCGGCUCAUCUACCGUGGCCACCACUCCAUCUGAUGCUAUUGAAGCUACCCACCUAAUCUACAUCUACAAUUUUAAAGUGAAUGAAUUGUAG